AUGUGUCAAGUAAAAAACAUAGAGUUCACUUUACGAAACAAAAGUGACCUGAUCAUGUUAGCUAUGGAUGAGCAGCACAGCGCAGAAGGAGAUUUAGAUUGUGCCAUGAAAUGUGCAAUGAGCCAAAGUGAUUGUGACAGUUUUAUUUAUGACGACAACAGUAAAGACUGCAAGUUAGGUUUUUGUACUCUACCAAAGGACGUCGUCACCACACCAAUACCUGCACCACCAACCAACUCUAAACUUUUCACAAGUACAUUUUACUUGGAUGGGAAAGUUUCUGUCGGGAAUGGAAUAAUGGGAUCUUGUCACGCGGCUGCUUGCCUUGCACAAGAAAAAAUUACAAAAAUACUGACCAGAGUUCUGUAUGACCCAGCUGUUUAUAAAUCUUGUGCCGACGUAAAGAACUCCAGCAACCCCAGACAACUUUUACAACUGUCGUCUGGUCUUGUCGUCAUGUGUGACACAGUGACAGAUGGAGGGGGCUGGACAAUUUUCCAACGUCGUGUCUCCGGUGUCGUGGACUUUUACCGCAACUGGGAGGAAUACAAACACGGGUUUGGAGACUUCGACGCUGGAGAAUUUUACCUCGGCAACGAAAACAUUUACUGUCUGACAGCAAACAGGUCUUAUGAAUUCAGAAUCGACAUGACUUACAAUAGAACAAGCUACUACGCUGCGUAUUCAGGAUUUAAAUUUUAUCCUGAAAGUGAAUUUUACAAGUUGUAUUUUGAUGGGUACUCUGGAAAUGCCGGUAACUCAAUCAACGACAAAAACAACAACCAAAAGUUCAGCACCUACGACCAGGAUAACGACAGCGGCAGCAGGAAUUGUGCUGUUGUCUACCACGGAGCAUGGUGGUACGCUGAUUGCCAGAACUCGAACCUCAAUGGCCUGUACGGGAGUACAGAGUACGGUGUGGGUCUAAACUGGCUGGCACUAACUGGCGAUUAUGGGAGUCUCGACAGUUGUGAGAUGAAAGUCAGAGCCAAAUAA